AUGGCAAGUUCUUCUUUUUCGCUUACAACCCACCUCCUUGGCGUUGAUCCGCCAGGGUACAAAGCCGCAACCGAGGCCCCUUUCCUCACAGCCGCUGGUGAGGGGCGUCUCGACAAGCAGACCUUGGGCAAGUGGCUCGCCAACGACCGCCUUUACCUGCACGCCUACAUCAAGGCAGUAGGACGUACGCUCUCUAUCGUGGACCUACCGCAGACAACCCCAGAGCCCGCAGCCGAGGCAGCGCCCGAGACGCGGUUCGUCGAUUGGCUCUUCUCCACGCUGACGGCCCUGCGAAGGGAGGAGCGCCUGUUCAUCGAUGUCGCCCAUAAGUAUGGCCUAUCCAUCGACCUGGAGACCAUGACUACCACCGAGGGCGGGAGGCAGGUCCAGCGGGUCCCCGGCACCGCGAAGCUUCCCGGGCUCGUCAUGUUCGAGAAGCUCUUUGGCUCGUUGCACCCCGCCGCGAGCGUCGAUAGGAACCUGCCUCUCCCCUGGAUUGAGGCUGCGGUUCUUUUUUGGGGCACGGAGAUUACCUACUCUGAUGCCUGGACAUGGGCUAAGUCCAAGCAAGCCGGGGAGGCUGGUGCUGGAGCGGGCGAUGCAGACGGUGGUGCAUUGAGGAAGGAACUUAUCCCAAAUUGGAGCAAUAGCGAGUUCGCGGCUUUUGUCCAGCAACUCUCUGGUGUUAUUGAUAACGCAGUAUCCGAGGUAGUGACUGUUCUGGGCGAGGAUGCCAAGGAAUCUCUCGUCCAGAGAGCGCAAAAGGUGUGGACGGAAUUAGUGGCUGCUGAGAAGGCAUUCUGGCCUGUGGUCGAAUAA